UUUUUUAGCCAACACAAGAGGAUCUCUCUCUCUCUCUCUCUCUCCUCGUCUCACACUUUCUCUCUCCUCCUCCUCCCAUGGCGAACCCCAUUUGUACCCCCAAAUCCCACCACCGUACCCUCUUCUUCCACCCACUCUCCCCCUCUUCUCCCUCCCCAAGGCGUCAUUUUUGCCCCUCCCUCUCCCUCCUCCCCCGAAACCCACCUCCAUUGUCGAACCCUCUCCUCAACUCUAACCCCUUCGUCCCCUUCCUCCACCCUCCUCCUUCCUCGCGGGCGCCAAUGGCGGCGGCGGCGGCGGCUUCGUCGUCGCCUCCGCGCGUGCGGAGCUCCUUGAUCGAGCCCGACGGCGGGGAGCUAGUGGACCUGGUGGUGCCCGCGGCGGAGCGCGCGGCGCGGCGCGCGGAGGCGGCGGCGCUGCCUAGGGUUCCGGCGGGGGCGGUGGACGUGGAGUGGGCGCACGUGUUGGCCGAGGGGUGGGCGAGCCCGCUCCGGGGCUUCAUGCGGGAGCGCGAGUACCUCGAGUCCCUGCACUUCAACUCCAUGCGCCUCCCCCAUGGCCCCCGCGUCAACAUGUCGCUCCCCAUCGUCCUCGCCAUUGCCGACGACGUCAAGCUCUCCAUCGGCGACAGCCCCCACGUCGCGCUCCAGGGCCCCUCCGGGAACAUCUUCGCUAUCUUAAGGAGCAUUGAAAUAUACAAACACAACAAAGAAGAAAGAAUAGCUAGAACAUGGGGGACGACAGCUCCGGGAUUACCUUAUGUCGAGGAGUUCAUAAUCCCGGCCGGGGAUUGGUUGAUCGGCGGGGACCUCGAAGUGUUGGAACCAAUCAAAUAUAACGAUGGUCUCGAUCACUACAGGCUCUCGCCAAAAGAACUUAGAACGGAAUUCGACAGACGCAAGGCGGAUGCUGUAUUUGCCUUUCAGUUGAGGAACCCUGUACAUAACGGCCACGCGUUGCUGAUGAAUGAUACGAGGAGGCGUCUUUUGGAAAUGGGCUACAAAAACCCUAUUUUGUUACUUCAUCCUUUGGGCGGUUUUACUAAGGCCGACGAUGUGCCCUUGCCCGUGCGGAUGGAGCAGCAUAGCAAGGUUCUGGAAGAUGGAGUUCUUGAUCCUGAGACUACAAUUGUAGCAAUAUUCCCUUCUCCUAUGCAUUACGCGGGCCCGACGGAAGUACAGUGGCACGCUAAAGCUCGGAUUAAUGCCGGAGCUAAUUUUUAUAUUGUAGGCCGCGAUCCUGCUGGGAUGAGUCAUCCGACUGAGAAGAGGGACUUGUACGAUCCCGAUCACGGGAAAAAAGUCUUAAGCAUGGCUCCUGGUUUAGAGAAGCUGAAUAUAUUGCCCUUCAGGGUGGCAGCGUACGACCUGAUGGCAAAGAAGAUGGCAUUCUUCGACCCUUCGCGAUCUCAAGAUUUUCUUUUCAUCUCAGGAACCAAGAUGAGAACAUAUGCAAGAAAUGGAGAGAGCCCUCCCGACGGCUUCAUGUGCCCCGGAGGGUGGAAGGUACUCGUCGACUAUUACAACAGCUUGCAAGGCGAAGAAUCAGGAAAGCAAUCGGCCGUAACCGCUGCUUAAUCUACGAGUUUGCGACAAGUUAUCAACAACUCUAAAAACAUAGAAUUGUUGAUUCGAGGCGAAUCAUUUUUUUCAGGUUAAAUCUAUUUUACAAAAUUAAAGGUCCUUAAAGAGUAGAAUAAAGGUGAGAGGAAAUUUUUUAGUUGUAAUCAUGCACUCAUUUGUUCAACAAUUGUUCAUCAAUAAAUAGCUCUUUUAUCAUGCUUCUU